AUGAGCGUUAAAAAACAAUCAUAUGCAGGAAGCACAACAGAUUAUUCAGAAGCUAUGUUUCAACCAAAUUUUACACAGAGAAACCUAAGCCUGAACUAAAAUUACCAAUUACCUCCCUAAAAUCAAUAAUUUGCUCAAUAAUAGCCAUUUCAAAACUAAAGGAUUUCAUUUGGUUAAGGGGAUAUGUGUCAACCUUAACAAACUAUGCCAAAGCAAAGAUCUGACUACAACUAUCAACCUCAAUAUCCAGUAACUGACAUAAAUAGUACAUUUACAAUGCUGCCCAAAGUAUUUGAAAUGGAUUAAGAUUUCUUACCUUAAGAAAUCCUAUUCCUGUUAUCAGAAGAGAAUAAUCAUCUUGAUAGAUUCAGAAAAAAAGUAGAUAGGGAAAAGGAAAAAAUCAAAAGAGAUGUUAGCUCCAUUAAGUUGGAAAUUUCAAAUAUGAUUGAAGAUCUUGGAGUUUAGAUGUAACAGUUUGUAGAUGAACAUUAUAAAAGAUAUUUGAAUGUUUAUGCUGCAUUUAAGGAUGAGGUUAUUCAAUUUAAGAAAACAAAGUUAGAAGCCCCUCUAAAUCUAGUACCUCCUCCACCCCCAAAUAAUUUUGGAGACUGUUCAAAUGCUAACUUGAUCAAAGAGUUAGAAGAAAUGAAAUAUUAAAAUUAUGUUAGCAAAGUAAAUGCAUACAUAAGCAAUUUGGCCAGAUAAAGAGUUGAAUAAAUAUAAAUUGUUUCAAAAGAAUUAUUAUAAUUGACAAGUCAGAAUAGCGAAUUCUAUCACUCAGAAGCAACUUUGAGAUAACUGAAUAUUAUAAAAUAAGAAGUGGAAGAAAGAUUAAUUACCAAAUUUGGUGACAUGACCAACUACAUCCUACCUUUAGAUUUUAUGGAACAAAGUUAGUAGAAGUAAAUGCCUUAGGAAAUUAAAAGUUAAAGUAAACUCAAUCUGGAGACAUAAUCUCUUCCUUAAUCAGCUAUCAAAAUAAAUCCUUACUUAAAUAUCUAGGAGCCAAAAUUAACUACUCUAAACUUUGAGCAGCAAUUGAAUUAAUUUAAUCAAUCCUCAUAGACAAUAUAAUAGUCUCCAAUCCUAUAAUUACAAAAUCACUUUAUAAAUACGCAUACGAUUUAAGGGAAGGUCACUGAAUUAUAAGAAAUUUAGUCCUAAGAUAUUAGACAUAAUGGAAUGAUACUUUGUUUUAUCAAUAUCAAAGACAACCUUAUUGCCACUGGGUCUAAAGAUACUUUCAUUAAUAUUUGGGAUAAUUCUUCUCUGGUAUCUUAAUUGAAGGGUCAUACUGAUGGGGUUUGUACAUUAACUACUAUUAAAGCAAAUAAUGUGCCUUUCUUCUUAGCAUCUGGAAGUGAUAAUGGAGAUAAAUCAAUUAAGAUAUGGAAUUUAUCAACUUUAAAAGAGCAUAACACUUUAGUAGAACAUCAAGCAGCUGUAGUUGCAUUAUUAUCAUUGGAUGAUGGGUCAACUCUUGUUAGUGGAUCAUAUGAUAAAUCCUUAUUAAUUUGGAAUAUCGAUAAUUAAAAACCAAUUUAAAGAUUAACUGUUCAUUCAAAUGCUGUAACUUGUCUCACUUUAGCAAAAGGAAGAUUCAUUUCCGGAGGAUUAGAUCAAAAUAUCAAUGUGUGGAAAAUUAUCAAAAAUGCUUAAGGAUAGUUUUAAUAAGCAUAAUUAGAAAGAACUAUAAAAAAUCAAACUCUUGUUUGUGCUUUGAAUAUUGUUUAGAUCCAAAAUAAUAUCAAAAUUAUUAGUGGAGGAAAAGAUGGUAAACUUAGAGAGUUUGAUGUCAAUACUGGUGAACUAUUGUCAUCAUAGCAAGUAACUAAUGGUCCCAUUGUGGAAAUGAUUGUUGCAUAAGAUUAUGUGAAUUAUUCGAUUAUCUCAAUGUCAAAUAAAAUUAUCCAAUAGGAUAGAAAUUUAGUGAUGACCAGUUAAGGAGUAAAUAAAGUUUUGGAUACAAAUGACCAAGUAUUCAUUGAGUUUGGAUGUGGAGUUUACCCAAAAAUGGAAGUUGUCGAUAAAGGAGGACAAUUAUAGUUAAAUAUUAUCUCAUAAAAGCAGGACAUUUAGAAGAUAUUUAAGUAUAUCAUUUGA